GGAACAUUCACCAUCUCGAGUUCGUUCAGAGUUCGUCUCGAGUCUGUCUCCAAUUGCGCUCUGAGUUCACAGCGGGUUUUGGUCCAGUAUACCAAUGUCUGCAAUCGAUGUUGAUUACGAGGGCUUGGUUGACCCGGGACUCAUACGCGUCAGGGACGUACUCGGGUCCUACGAAGCCGGUUCUUCAAGCAGCCUCAUUGAAGUACUUGAUGGAUGCUCGUCACGGCUUGCUAAGGAUGAAUCGUACCGACACAACAUCGGGGCAGAGAACUCUGGCCUUUGGUCCCUCCUACACCAGCUCUGGCGACUAUCCUCAGAGGAAGCUACCUAUGAAGAUGAGAACCGCACAUCGCACACGCCGCUCUGUCUCAGCGUUGCUAGGUUAACGCGAAACAUCGUCGCAGGCGUACCCAGCAAUCAAAACAGAGCAUUUGAGAACGAGAAUCUGGUUCGCUCGUUGGUGCAUCACUAUACAACGUAUUCGGCUGUCCAGGACUCUGCAACCUAUCCCACCACAAGAAUGCUCGUGCAGACGUUGUCGAACCUCGUCACGGGUAACGACGCGCUCAUCUCAAGACUCUGGAAAACAUACUUGACCCUUCCCGAGGAGCAGCUGAUCCUGCUACGGUUGUUAACUUCGCCAGAUGCGAGAACAGUCUCCUCGACCCUCGUUCUUUCACUCAAUUGCAUCCACUCCAAUCAUGAGCGGAUGGAAAUGCUAGUGACUUCACCGCGAGGACCGCGCAUUACAAUCACGAUGCUCGAUCGCAUGAGUGCUCAUGUCGAAUCAGAAGAGACCUAUGCAAGCCAAGUUUUCAGCAUAGGGUUUGAACUUUUCACGCAACUGAUAGAGGCAGGGCUCGUCCCUGCGCUGUACGCGGCCAUCUGCAUGCCAGGAGAGCCCAUCACUCCGCCACAAACCACACUACUGAAGCUCCUCGACUCGUACCUACACAAGGCAUCCCAAGGCUUGCAAGCAAAAGCGCGAAACGACGCGCUUGUCCGCAUGUUAAUCGACACAUUCUUCGAUCUCGCUGGGUAUGCGCAAGAGGCCAUCAGGCGAGCACUGGGUAGCGCCGAUGACUCGCAGGCGGCUCCCAGUAAUGUCGAGGAAGACGCUCCCCUGAACGACACGGGAGGCGAUUCCAUGCUCCCGCCACCAAAAGAGCUCGACCUACUCCUGCCAAAAGUCUCAGAAGCACUCGUGCUCGUCUCGCAGUGCCUCACCACCCUUGCCCUCGCGUCGAACGAGGCAGCUACAUCUUCCGAUGGCUCCUGGAAGGUGAAGGCGACUCUCGCAGCCGCACGUUCGGCGAGCGGCGAAGGCCUGGUCGAGAGUCUAGUCGAGACUCUACGUCUCUUGGACACAUUCCUGCCUCGCAUCACUUUCGGACGGGUCGUCGAACGCCCGUCGCCGCCGGGCACACGCCCGCCACCUGCAGACACGACGCAGCAUCCGCAGAAGGGCAUAGAGGGCUUCAGCUACGUGAAACGCGAUCUGGUUCGGUUGCUUGGUAUCGUCGCGCUGGACGACAAGGGUGUCCAGGACAGGGUCCGUGAGUGCGGAGGUAUCCCCGUGGUGAUGAACCUGUGUGUUGUCGACGACCGGAAUCCUUACAUGAAAGAACAUGCCAUUCUGGCCUUGCGCAAUCUCCUACAUGGGAACAAGACCAAUCAGGACGUGGUGAGGGAGAUUCAACCUGUCGCGAAGUGGGACGAGAGAGGCGUGCUGCAGGGCCUGCAAUAGGUACACGAAUCAAACAUAGUAGCACACAAACAGCGUAGGACAUGUAGCGAUAGUUUCGGGCACUGUAUGAUGAUCAUUCCUCUUCCUCUUCUUCCAUCUCAAUCACUCUCUUCUUCCUCGAGCCACCUGCCGUGCGUCUGCGAACCGCUCCGUCCUCGUCUUCCUCUUCGCUCUCGACGUCCAUGCUAGCCUCCUUGUCAGCGUCAGCGCCAACGGGGCCGCCGUCCCGCCUGCGUCUGCGCUCUUCCUCCUCAAUCUGCUUCUCCAUCCGUUCCAGGUUAUCCUCCUCCGCUGGCUCCCGCUCCUCCCGGUGGCGCUUGGUGCGCUUUUUCGAGACAGCAGCAUCGUCUGAACCGUACGCGU